AGUGGUAGAGAAAAGUAACAAAAACAACAAUAAAUACAUAAAUAGUUCGGCAUAAAAUUAGGAAAAUUUAAUUUUUUUCUACAACUAAAAAGCUUACAAAUUUUUUGCUGUUUUUUUACAUUCCAUUAACAAAGGACCAGGCACCAACCAUUCGAAAAAAUUUUUUUGAAAUUUUUUUGUCUUUUCGAAAUUCGAAAUUCGACAUUUUGACAUUUUCUUUGAUUUGGACAUUUUAUCCCAACCAAAAAAUGUCCCGAAUUCUUCCUCUUCGAAUUUCUUCCUCUCUUCAAUCAAAAUUUCGUCAAUUCCACAACCAAAUACACCAACCAACUCUCUCAACAGAAUUUGAUCCAGAAUUAUUGGUGUCAUCCUCAAAUGAUAAAAAACCAAAUUUGUGGAGGCUAAUUACUGCAAAAUUGAAUUUUAAUGAGAAAUCGUUGCUUUGUUUUAUGCAAAAACAGUUAUUCUUCGCCCAAUGUCUCAAAUUGUUGGUAUUAUUUUUUGUGGCUAUAGCACAAAUUUUGUAUCUGCAUCCAUUUCUCGAGUUAUUUUCUCACUUGGAAGAGUAUUCAGCAAAAUUUGAAUUUUUACAAUCUUUUCAAUCUAAACAAACAAAAAUUUUAAUUUUUGAUUCUUUGCACGAUUUAAAUGAGUAUAAAAAGAAUAUUUGGAUGACUGUAGCUGUUUUGUGUGCUUCUCUUUCAACUUGCUCCUUUUUUCUGUUUAUUCUUCCUUCAAAUUGUUCAAUUAGACAGUGGCAUAUUUAUUUGGUAGGUGUUCUCGAUGCUUUCUCUUUUGCUUGUUUACCCUUUUUAUUCUCUACCCGUGCUUGUAUUAUUCAAAGAGUAAAAAUGCAUUUUGGACAAGCUUUGGUAGAAGCACACAGAAUUGGUUCUGCUGAGAAAUUGAUGAAUAAAGCUCAAUGCAGCAUUUUACCACGAGAAAAGUUACCGCUCUGUUCUGAUUUAAUUUUGCGUUCAAUAUUUCCUAUAGAUUUGCUCAAAUUUUUAUUAAUUUUGUGUGCAAUGACACUUGCCUAUUUAUUUGUUGCUUAUUUAAUUUACUGGUGUAUAAAGCAUUGGGUGCCUCAUUCUGAUAUAACACAGAGUUCUUCUCCCCUUUGUCAAUGCUAUUUCCACACAAGUUUAACAACAACAACAACAUUACCCCUUUUAUUGGGUAAUUAUAAAUGUAAUUUAGAACAACAACAAAAUUCUUCUACAAAUAUUUAUACUUCAUUUUCAUCCCAACCUUUAUUAAAUAAAAAUAAAAAAUUAAUUGAGGAACAAAUUCCAAAUGAGCCAAUCCCUUCAAAUUUGCAAUAA